GAUCCCGACUAAAGUCAGUUUUCCGGACAGAGCGUCUCUAUGGAUGUUUCUGUCGCGCUGCAGCGUUCUGUCUGCGUAAAACCAGGACAGGAGGAGAAACCUUGCAGAGUUAAGGGAGGAGAAAGAAUGGGAAGAAUCCUCCCCUUCAGAUCAUUAAUGAAAUUUAGGAAAUCUAUGAGAGAGAUACCGGCCACCCGUAGCUCGUUGUCAGCUGGGCUGGCUAGCAAGCGUGACGUAUCAUAAUUGCCAGCGCUAAGAAGAUCGGAGCUGUUUCCUCUUUUUCUGCAUUUUUCUGCUUUUGUCAGUAAAGGGAAACGAGCUGCGUCAGAGGGCUGAGGGCAAAGAAGCUGCUUUCUUCUCUCUUUCCCUCUCUCUCUCCCCCACUCACUCUCCCUCUAUCUCUCCUUCUCUCUCUCCCCUCCUGCUUCGCUGCUUGUCUGCGUGUGUUAGAAUAAAAGCAAGAUGUUUCUGCAUAUGGACACCUUACUCGUACAGAAAACCUUGUCGGAUUACGUUUUUUGGGGGGGGUUUUUUGCCCCUGUGGAAGGGCAAGAUCAGUGUCUACGUUGUGAUUGUGUGUGUGUGUGUGUUUGUUUGAAGAGAAGAUUAGCAAAACACACGCGCAAACACACACGGCCUGCCUCAGGCUCCUGGGCGGAGCCUCCACAGGUUGGUAGGGCUGCUGGGAGGCGAGCCAGUUUAUCCUCCUGCUGCUACUCACGGAUCGAGAGAGCACUGAGGGCAGCGUGAGCGAGGCACGAGUGAGACGACGUGUCCCGGUCCCAGCAGGUGCUCAUCCCCCGGACACGAACAGCUGCGCGUGCUCUGGUUGGCCCCCCCACCCCUUCCUCGCAGGUCCCCGUUGGGUGCCUUGGGCCGGUGGGUGGUGGCGAAGAUCAGCGGCGAGGCAACGUGCCUCGUGGCCUGGCAGGAUGCACCUGGCUUCGGACUGGCGUCCGCGCGCCGUUGCUCACCAUGCUGCCGUACUUCGUGGAGAAUGCCGCGCUCACUCAGAGUGAGAUCUACCGCAUUCUGAGCGAGAGUUUCUUUAUGGUGAAAGGGGCGGCCUUAUUCCUGCAGCAAGGCAGUACUACACAGGGCCAGAGACCUCAUACCCACCACAAAAAUGCAGGAGAUUUACCUCAGCACUUGCAGGUAAUGAUCAACAUUCUUCGCUCUGAGGACAGAAUCAAACUGGCUGUGCGGUUGGAGAGUGCUUGGUCAGACCGUGUGCGGUAUAUGGUGGUGGUUUAUACCAGCGGCAGACAGGACACAGAGGAGACCAUUCUUCUAGGGAUGGACUUCAGUAACAAAGACAGUAACUGCUGCUCUAUAGGGAUGGUGCUGCCUCUUUGGUGCGACACUAAGAUCCAUUUGGACGGGGAUGGGGGCUUCAGCGUGAGCACCGCAGGCCGCACACACAUCUUUAAACCUGUUUCAGUGCAGGCCAUGUGGUCGGCACUGCAGGUGCUGCAUAAAGCAUGUGAGGUGUCGCGCAGGUGUAACUACUUCCCCGGGGGCAUAGCGCUCAUUUGGACAGGCUACUACGAGAGCUGCAUUGCCUCCGAUCAGAGCUGCAUUAAUGAAUGGAAUGCCAUGCAGGACUUGGAGACAAUGCGGCCGGACUCCCCUGCCAUGUUUGUGGACAAGCCCACGGAGAGGGAGCGAACUGAAUGUCUGAUUAAAGCCAAACUCAGGAGCAUCAUGAUGUUCCAGGACCUGGAGAACGUGACGUCGAAGGAGAUCCGUAACGAGCUGGAGCAGCACAUGAACUGCAACCUGAAGGAGUACAAAGAGUUCAUCGACAACGAGAUGCUGCUCAUCCUGGGACAGAUGGACAAAGCCACGCUCAUAUUCGACCAUGUCUACUUGGGCUCCGAAUGGAACGCGUCCAAUCUGGAAGAGCUGCAGGAGACAGGCGUGGGCUACAUCCUGAAUGUCACGCGCGAGAUCGAUAACUUCUUCCCAGGGACGUUCUGCUACCAUAAUGUCCGCGUGUACGACGAGGAGGCCACGGAUCUGCUGGCACACUGGAAUGACACAUACAACUUCAUCGUCAAAGCCAAGAAAAACCAGUCCAAAUGUCUAGUCCACUGUAAGAUGGGCGUGAGCCGCUCGGCGUCCACGGUGAUCGCCUACGCCAUGAAGGAAUAUGGCUGGACACUGGAGAAGGCCUACAACUUCGUCAAACAGAAACGCAGCGUCACGCGGCCCAACGACGGCUUCAUGAGGCAGCUGGCUGAGUACGAGGGCAUUCUGGAUGCCAGUAAGCAACGCCAUAACCGCCUGUGGCGUCCAGAUGCCAGUUGUGAUCACCCCGACUGCCAGCAGGCUGGGGAGGAGGGCCCUAGCACUGAAACCCCGUGCGACCCCGCGACACCGUGCGACCCUGCAACCCCCGGCAGUGGCCCAUGCUGCGCAGCGGCCCUCGAGCUAGACCCUGCCGGCCCGCAGAACCACAACUACUACUUCCGUCGGCUGUCUGACUCCGCACUGGACAGUGAGCCGUCAACACCAGUGCGCGCCCCGCCGCUGCUCGACGCCGAGCGCGUCUUCAUCGCCAUUGAGGAUGUGGAGCGCGACGCCUUGCUGGACGACGACGCCUUCGAGGGGCGUGGCGGCCUGCCCCUGGCCCACUUUGGCGCUCCAGGGGAGGGCACGGCAGCGCAGACAUGCCUGCGUGGGGCUGAGCCCCUCGAAGAGCUUCGUCUGCGCCUGGAGUUCAGCACAGUGGAAGAAGAGGAUGAGGAGGAGGCGCAGAAGGAGCAGGAGGAGAUGGAGGCGCUGGCAGAGGGGGGCCGGAGGGGAGCAGGAGGCGGGAAGGAGACAGAUGGAGACUGCGAUGAGAGCGGGAUUGAUGUGGGUGCAAUGAACAACCUGUGCAACGAAAACUCCAACAACAACAACAACCACCUCCGAGCACGAAGCAGCCUCACUGAAAAUAUUCUUAAGAAGCAGCCAGUUAAACCAAGAUCAUCACCCACCUCUCUUCCUGGCAGUCAGACCAGCCGGAGCCCUCUGUCUGAGGCUACCGGACGAAAUCCUGCCUUCUUGCCCAUCCGUACUGUUCCUGGUAUCUCCAUCGAGGUGCCAGCCUGUGCCAAUAUUCCUGUCAAGCCCAACGCACUUGCUCUGCAAAGUCCUUUUGGCACAUGCAGCGACUGUGGCAAGAGCGCUGAAGUGGCUUCUGAUUCGUGCCUUGCCUCAACCGUCCCGACCCUGGGACAAGGCAAGGCAGGAAGGCAAUCGUGGAGCCCAGACUCCUGCCAGGCGAGAGGGGAGAGAGCAUCAUGGCAGAUGGCAGAGGGAAAGGGAGGAUUUAGGGGACGAGAUUGGCCAGGGGAGUCGUCUCCAGGUUCCACCAGAGACAGGAGCACAAUCCUUGGGUUGGACAGGCCGACUGGCCCUUGCCACCCACCGUCACAGCAGCAGCAGGAGAUGCUGGCGCAGCUCCAGCGCUCAGGUCUAGUGCGGCGGCAGGCCGAGCGCCUGGAGAAGCUCUCAGGCCAGUUCCAGGAGCGCGUGCACUCACACGACCCUGACACGACCCCAGACCUUUCCUCUGGUCCUCUCGGGCCACGGGUGGAGCUGUGGAUGCUCCCGGCCGUGCGCGAGACCCUUCCGGCAGGCUCAGGGUGCCUGACACCCGUGUCUUCGCCGCACGGCUCAGCGCUCACGCGCAGUUCCAGCAGCGACAGCAUCCGGAGCGUGCGCGGCACGCCAGGUCUGGUGCGGCAACGCGCACAGGAGAUCGAGGCCCGAUUGCGCCUGGCAGGGCUCACCGUGCCCUCACGCCUCAAACGUUCCAACUCGCUCGCGAAGCUGGGAGGCCUCACCUUCUCCUCAGAGGACCUGUGCUCGUCAGCGUGCUCCUCCGAUGCCGGCACGCUGCCCCUCCUCUCGCUUUCCCCGGAGCUGGAAAUCAGCCCGGACUCGGAGCGGGGUGGAAGCCACUCCAGAGGUGCCCCUGCAGUGAUCCUCGAGCAUGGCACCAGGAGCUGACGCCAAGGGAGGGGGACUCCUUUAGGACUGAUGCCCUGCUCGCUGUGGGACGGAAUGCGCUGAGUUUCAUCCAUGGAAGCCCUCAGAAAGGGAACCCCUAACCGCAAUUCAUAUAACUCAUAUGGCAGGACUGUACAUGAACCUAGGAACAGAGUUGGGGAAAAGACUUUUUAAAUGCUACGAAUAUAUAUACAUAUGAUAUUUAUGGAAAGAAAGGUAUCCAAAUAUUUUGAGAUGGCUCUUGUGGUUUAAAGGCUUUCGCUUCAUGGAACUGAAGCUGAAUUUGUGCGACACAAAAAUGUAGAGCGUGGAAACCCUCGAAGGAAUCACAGCUUUGCUUCACCGGCUCUUCUUCCUAGUGAUCUUCUGCCCGAGACAGGCAGAUGUGUUCCACCACUGAAUGAGGUCGACGAGGUCGUCUACCCGGCCUUUCCAUUUGCCCACCUGUCUGUGUCCAAUUUUGGCGUCACAUCUUCCUUCUGACUCGGAUGCACAUGGUCAAAUGACCCUUUGAAUCACACCCUGGGCAACAAAAGGGAAAGGAACAUUAUGAUCUUUACUGGUCACUCCUUGUGUGGCGAUAGGCUUCUGUAGUGUGCAUGCAUGCGUGUGUGUGUGUGUGUGUGUGUGUGUGUGUGUGUGCAUGCACGCACACCUGCAUAUGUCUGCUUGGAACAUCUGCUGAAGUUUCUGUACUUUGGUCUGGUCUGAAAUACAUGGUCCAUUUUUAUCACUGAAUUUUAACUCUACACAUAAGUUGAGAAUUAUUCAUAUUGAAAACACUAGGGCGCGCGUGUGUGUGUGUGUGUGUGUGUGUGUGUCUGCGUGUGUAUGUGUCUGCAUGUGAAUAUUUAGAACCCAUCUUAAGGAGUUUUGAAGAGACAUUAACAGGUUUUUUUAAAUACUAUUCAUUAUUUUUAAUGUGAAAAAGCAAUCCUGAUGGGAGUUAAUCCCAAAACACACCAUAGUAUAGAUGUCAUUAGAUUUAUAAUGCUUCAUAAACAAAUAAGGUACGCUAUGCUUUUGGCAGGGGUUGCUCAAACCUAUGGGGCCCUUUUGAAAAUUGACAUGCAUCCACUCAAAGGAAUAUCAAAAGACCUCUGCUUCUGCUGGGGAACACAUUUCUCUACAAAUACUCUGAGGGGGAGUUCGAGGACCAAGGUUUUUUAGGACCAAGGUUCUUUGAGCUUCUGCAAUAUUUAAUCCUGCUGCACAUUCCUUAAUGGUCACAUUUUAGAGGAAUGUUUAAGAAACGCUCCAGCGAAGAUUUGUCCCCACAGAAGGUGUUUGUCUUUGUGAACUUUAGUGUUCAGUGAAGGGUUUGAAAUGGUGGAAAAGGGCUGUGUGUUUGUGUGUAUGCCAGAUGAAUCCCAAAAUUUAAUUCUUCUUGCUCUUUCCAAAGCAUAUGUCAGAUGAGUUAGAAUAUUCAUUUGAGUUAGAGAUAAGGUCUCCUGCCUGUCUAUACAGUUAUAUUCAAGCAGGACUGAAUUCUGCUGCUGGUUUUAUGUAGGAUCUGUUUAGUCCAUGUGUAUGUAAGCCUCCUGAGGGUGUCCUCAUUGCAGUUUAUGAGAUCAAGAUUUCUCUC